AUGAAAGAUUCAGAUAGUAAUCCAUCCAAACAAGCCAAAGAAUUGGAUGCGGCUAACAUGGACGAUUCUAAAGAAGUCAUUAUGAAGCCCAAGUUUAGAGAAAGUGAUGCAGGUGAUGGAACUACAAGAGAGGACCAGAUACUAACAGGAACAAGAUUUUAUCUGUGUGCAGCCUCAUUACUUCUCUGUCUCUUUUUGGUGGCCCUAGAUCAGAUGAUCACGGCGGCGAUUUUGACAACUAUUGCUAACGACUUUAAGGCUUUUAAUAAGUUGACGUGGAUCACCGCCUCUUUUAUGAUGCCUUUAGGAUGUUGUGCCCAAGUCUGGGGUAGAUUGUCCAUCAGCUUCGGUAGAAGGUGGACAAUGGUCACUGGAAUUGUUCUUUUCGAGAUCGGUUCUUUAGUAGCAGCUUUAUCCAACUCCAUGGAUAUGUUUAUUGGAGGUAGGUCUAUUCAGGGUGUCGGAGGAUCAUGCAUUCAAACCAUAGUUAUGGUGAUCGCUGCAGAAAUUACUACCAUUGAUAAGAAACCUUUACUUUUCGCAUCACUUAGUAUAAUGUUUGUUGUGGCUUCUGUCAUUGGUCCGCUUGUUGGUGGUUCUUUGGGUGCUUAUACCACCUGGAGAUGGUGUUUUUGGAUAAAUAUAUGUUGCGCAGGUCUUAUCUUUCCUUUCUUUCUUUAUUCCUACAGACCCAAACCUCCUGUCAGUUCUUUCAAAGAAAAACUCAAAACUGUCGAUCUAUUGGACAACUUUUUGAUGAUCGCUUCUUGUGUCUUAGUCUUAUUGGCCAUAUCCUUUGGUACUACCGAAACAACUUGGAGAUCUGCCUCGGUUAUCUGCUGCUUCAUCAUUGGUGGUUUACUAAUGGCUACCUUUUGCUUGUACAACUUUAAAUAUUCAAAGUUUCCUGCAAUUCCAAGAAACAUUGUCUCUGUUCCCACGAUAAUGGCUGCAUUUGGCUCCUACACUUUCAACUACUCCACAGUGAUGGUUUUUGCCCAAUUUUUGAGCAUAUACGUUCAAAAUGUGCUCCAUCAUAAUGCUUUCCAUACAGGUCUUUUUAUCAUUCCUUGUGCAAUCGCUUCCUCUAUAUCUGCCAUUUGUAACGGUAUCAUAAUUAGGCAAACGAGCCAAAUCAAAAUCUUUUCUGUCUUGGCAAAUGUUCUUCUUCCUAUAUCCACGGGUCUAAUGAUUCUGCUAGAUACAAAGGAAAAUUUGGGUUACAUCAUCGGCUUUGAAAUCCUUCUAGGUGUUGCCAGCGGCUUAAAUUUCCAAGGACCAAUGAUGAGCUCGAUGAUAAAAGCUCCGAAGACCCCUAGUUCUACAAUUUUGACAGCUGCCUUUCUUAAUUUUGGAAGAAGUACAGGCACUGCUCUUUUCUCCGAGAUUGGUGGUGCAAUCUACAUGGAAUCUUUAAAAUCCGGAAUGAGAAAAAUUGCUCCAGAUAUUGAGGAGACUCAAUAUCCCCUCGAAACUAUCCUCUAUCAAACUACCUUACUUGAGAAAUUGAGUGUUCAUGAUGAAAACUUGAUCUUGGGCCAGAUCAUGAAAAGUGUUAGAAACGUAUUCUGGAUGGGUCUAGCCAUGUCCUUUAUGGCACUCAUUUGCUCCAUAUUUAUGUCCAAUGCUAAGUUACCCAAAAGCGAAGACGUCGAGGCUUGA